UGGCUUCUACAGUGUUAUAGCCGCCAAUAGAGAUGAUUUGGACUGUUUUACGUCGGCUUGCUCUCUUCAGCUUUACUGAAAUUUGGAGGUGUGAUUUUAGGCUAAAACGACAUGGUUACUGCUCACAUGGUUUAUCCCCCCCACCUCUGAUUCUGCAACAGAUGGACCUCCUACUCGUUGCUUCUUAUGCUUCUUAGUCUGCUUGAGUCACAUAUUGUCACCGCAAAUGUUGAGAAACUUGUUGCGUUUGAAACUUUAUAAUGCGGCAACAAGGCUUCUGACAUUUAUAGUUAUGACCACCUACUUUUUCUGCUAUCUGGGUCAUGGGUGGACAAGAUGAAGCCAUUUAUUGAUCUCCGUCUCAGUUUUGAGUUGGAUAGUGACUUUCAAUCUGAAGCUGCGUGUUCAGGGUAAUUUUGCUUAAGGGAAAUUCCAUCCGUAGUAGCUUAAACUCGAAGGCACGUGGCACUAUGGCUGCAUCAACUCAAACCGCAAACGAGUCUUUUUCAACCCAGUAAUUGUAAAACUGUUGGGCCAGUGUGAUUUUCGAUGUUGUGGGACUCAAUUGCUUGUGUAGUAGUAUGUUAUCCAUGCAGGAUUACUAAUUCACCAUUUUAUCAUGAUUUACGCUGUUGCAGUCCGCACUGGGUGAAGAAAAUUAAUUAGUUUUUUUUUUCCUAUUUUCAAUAAUUAAAUAGUUUUUAUUUUUGUAUUUUUAAAAUAUGAUUAGAUGGUAAGUAUGAAUUAGAUUAAACAUUAGAUGCCGUUGGGGAGCAAGUUACAUUUUAAUGACACAAGGCCCUGAACCUCCGCGUAGACUCUUAAUAUUUUAUUCAUAUUUUUUGUUUAUUUGUUUAGUUUUUUAAUGGAGGUUGACGUAAGCUACUCACUCUAUUUAUGGAUCAAAUGGAGUGGAGUUUGGAGAUGAAUCCAAUCCAAGUGAUACCAUGGAAAGGAUGCGUUUCCUUGGCACCUUUGGAAUCAUCAGAGAAGCCGUGAGAAUUGGAAUCAGAAACCCCAGCUUCAUUCCCCUGGCAACAAUCGUCUCACUUCCUUUAUUUUGCAUCACGCUACUUCAUGAAUUGCUUCUCCAGCAUUUCCUCAUGGAAGCUUCUCUCUCUCCUCAGCUCAGAAAGCUUCCUCCCAACUCCAACUCUCUUGCUGUAACCAGAUCGACUCACAUGAUGUCUGGCAGGGUUCUCCUACUGGCUCUUCUUUACUUGAUCCCCAUUCAAUUAUUGAACCUCCUCACUGCAGUCACUACCGUUUAUUCAGCUUCUGUGAUUCAUGCCGGAGCCAGACCGCUAGGUUUACAAGAUAUGCUCCGUAAUUCCGUCGCCAAAACCAGGUGGAAAGGCCCUCUUGUUACCUACAUUUAUACCUUCCUCUUGUCCAAUUUGUCGUUGAUGGUGAUAGUGUUUUUCAUCCUAUUGGGCCCCUUACUGGUGUCAGGGAAUGUGCUCUUGCUUCUUGUUUCUAUGAUGGGUGUGAUUAUAGCCCUUGGAAUUUGGUUGGUGUUGAGUGUCUGGUGGAAUAUGGGUGUUGUUAUUUCAAUUUUAGAGGACAAGGGCGGUCUUGAAGCCUUGUCAACCUCACAAUACUUGAGCAAAGGCAAUAGGUUGCGUGGAUUUGCGUUGAUGCUCCUCAAUUUUAUUUGGUUAUAUGGCCUAUCCUGGUCAACCCUCCAUGUAAGAGGAAGUUUUUCCGGUAGGAUUGUACUUGCUUUUGUUAAUACAGGCUUGGUGUGUGUGGGAAAGGUCAUUAAAUGGGUAGUCUUCAUGGUUUAUUACCAUGAUUGCAAGAGGCGCUGCACGGAGAAGGUUGACAUGGAAGAAGGUAGAGAAGAUGAAAUCCUUUGCAAAAAUUUUUCAUGAGUGUAAUCUUAUGUAUUAUUUUGUACUCAAUUCCACAAGCCCCAAGAUGGGUUUUUAGAUGUUAUUUACUAUGAAUAACUCAUGGAAUCUUCUUCCAUGGUUUUAACUGA